GAUUCAGUCAUUGGGCGUCUAUUCACACUCAGUAGCUUGAGCUUGCUUGAAGGAGCUUCAAUUUGUCGCGCUCUGGAGAGAUAUACUGUACUACGGCUUUCGUUCUGCCAUCUCCCCGUUGGGAACUUUUAGCAGCAUCAAAAGCGUACUGCAAUGCCGUCCGAUCAAAGUACUUGGCUAGUGGCCAUUCCACAGGACGGUGAUUCCGAGGGCGCUUUCCAGGAACUACACUCCAAGCUGGGGGGUAAUUCCAAGUCCUCUCCUAGUUUUUCCCCGCUAUCCAUACCAUCCUUUAAGACAGGGACUCUCGAGUCCCUCAUCGGUCUCUCUGAAGACCUACCCAAGCAAGAUGCAUUCUUUACCGCAACAGUAGCCAAGAUCGUCGAUACCCUCCGUAAUCUUCUCAACAACGAUUCUUCGAAGCUGGCUCAACACAUACUUGUGAACGAACAACCUGUGGAUGAUUACCUGCUGAAGAGCUGGCGAUGGAAUGAAGGUCGUUAUGGCGUGCAACGCGGACUCCGAGAGAUGCUGGAAGUGCUCGUUAAGGAAAUGACAUCCAUUGAUAACGUGAUGAAGAACAAGCUGAACGCGUACAAUUUGGCCAAAGGUCAAUUGGUACAGCUGCAACGUAAGAAAACAGGCAACCUCUCUGUGCGAUCUCUGGCAGACGUGGUCAGGCCAGAGCAAUUCAUCGAGGACUCAGAAUACAUGGAAACGGUUCUCGUAGCUGUCCCGAAGAAUUUUGUUAAGGAUUGGAAGCUGAAGUACGAGAGACUAACCAACAUGGUCGUCCCUCGCUCGUCAAUAUUGAUUGCUUCAGAUCAUGAUUACACCUUGUUUGGCGUGGUCAUCUUCAAGCGUGUGCACGAUGAGUUCGUCCAGAAAUGCAGAGAGAACAAGUAUAUUGUUCGGGACUUCACAUACUCAGAGGAAGCUCUUGAGAAACAACGCGAGGAACUCGCGAAUGCAGAUACCACCGAGAAGGAACUAUGGACUGAACUUCUUCGCCUUUCAAGAACAAAUUUCUCUGAAUCCUUCCAGAUCCUUGUUCACUUGAAGGUUCUCCACCUCUUUGUUGAGAGUGUCCUUAGAUAUGGUCUACCAGCAAGCUACACAGGUUUCGUUAUCAAGCCGGAACCGAAGACAACCAAACGUACACUUUCAACUCUCCAGCAACAAUUCACCUACCUCGGGAAGCGUUCUAAUCCAACAGCAAACAAGGCAAGCAAGUCUAAAGGAGGUACUGCUGAAGAGUUUGUUGGCGAAUAUCAGACCGUACUCGAACAGGAGUACUUCGAUUUUGUUUUGUUCGAGGUUCCGUGGAUUAUCCUGUGACGGAUUUAUGUACUGUACGAAGCUUCUGUCAACGUGUAUGGAAUGGACAAAUACUCUCCCUUAUUUGGGAUUUCCGCUCAUGUUCAGAGAUUACCGUGAUCGCUUCCAACCAACACACUGGGAGUAGCGUAACAAUAUAUAUUGACCAGCCCACUACGUUAGGAUGAGUAGGAGUAUCUUUUAGCAGAUAUAUGUUACAUAUAUACGAGUGCCUACGAUGAGCCAAACGAAUAAAAAAGAGAUAAGAGCAAGAUGGGAUAGAGGGAAAACGCUGCUUUCGACACAAAACACAGGACAGCGGGGACGAGCUAGAUAUGCCAGAUCAUACACGAUGUUGGUUGGGAAGUCAUGAUUGAAGUAAGGGGUCGAAUG